AUAGAUUAGGACCCUGUCUAGUGCAUGCAGUGCAGAAAUAUGUAGCAUUCAGUGUUUUGUAAACAGUAAUCUAGAUUAAACAGGAAAGAAGUUUCUUCACUGAUAAGCUCUAUGUUUAUUUUACAGAAAUUGUAGACCAAGGUUCACCUGGAUGAUAGCUCUUGAUGGAUUCCUGAGUGCUUUAUUUGGAGCAACGCUAGGCAACUAUUUAUACGUUAAAAGCAUGUCGCUAACAUCAGCAACUUUUGUGACAGCAAUGUUCAACCUCAUUCCAGGCUUCACAUUAGUGUUGGCCCUAAUAUUCAGGUUGGAGAAAUUGGAUGUUAGAAACUCUGCUGGAAAAGCCAAAGUUCUUGGGACUGUCUUGGGCAGUGGUGGAGCAAUGAUUCUGACUUUUGUUAAAGGGAAGAAGAUCAAAAUAUUGUCACAGCAUGUUGACAUAAUUCCUCUCCACAAUCAUGCAUCAGUUCCAUCUAAUAAUGUCGUAGGCUCUUUGCUGGCCUUAUUGAGUUGUUUGUCAUUUGCAAUUUGGUUAGUUAUUCAGACUAAGAUGAGCCAUAGUUACCCAUGCUAUUCAAGUAUUGCAGUGAUGUGUUUCACUGGAUCAAUCCUGACUGGUGUUCUUGCAAUAUGUACUGAGAGGGAAUUGUCUUCAUGGAUGCUUGGAUGGGAUUGUAGACUCCUAGCUGUUGCUUAUUUGGGAAUUGUUAGUUCUGGACUAUGUGUGGCUGCAGUUUUCUGGAGCUCAAUGAUGAAAGGCCCUUUAUUCGUGUCUUCUUUCAGUCCUUUGGGACUAGUAUUCACUGCCCUUGCUGGAUCCCUCUUUCUAAAAGAGGAGCUGUGUCUGGGAAGCUUGAUAGGAUCCAUCAUCAUCACAAUAGGCCUUUGCCUUGUGAUCUGGGGUAAAGGCAAGGAGGCAACUGCAUCUCAAGAUGGAGAAACUGAAAGCAGGAGGGAUGAAGUAACCGAUGGUAGCCAGGCUGCUCCUCCCAUAUCAAACAAAUGGGGUUCAUCAACAAUUUAAGCAUGAACAUGUUUUACAAGCUCAGUCAUCAUUGCCAGGAAUUGAUUGAACAUUGCUGUGCCACUGUAUCCUUUUCUUUUUCCUCUUUUUGUCUUAGCAUUUUCUGUUAAAACAGUAAGCAAACGGGUCUGAAUUCUGCUUCUGUUAUUCGAAAGAUGAAGAGCCACUUAUCAGCACAUUUCUUAGCUUCUCAAUGUAAACUAUCCUGAAGACUUAUCAUU